AUGAGUAUCGAUGUGUUUGGAUGUCAAUUAUGUAACAAAUCCACGGCUGUGAGUAUUCGCGGUCUUCCUGGUACCGGCUUUAAAUUCAUCCACGACGGCGAGUACUAUAUAGACGGCAACAGGCUGUGCAACGUCGCCAAUCCGGAGGAUGAGCAUGAUGCUGUAACUAUGAAUCUUAUGAAAUCUGUAGUAAAAAUCAAUAGAAAAAAGUUACAGGUGGUGAAUGAGUUGCAUAAACCUGCCCGAAGGAACCAUCGAUGUCGACACGUUGACGUCCGAGGGUUGGAUGAAAUAUGCCAAGAGGAUCUCGUUGACAUGUCAGAGUAUGCAACAGAGAACCGUGGUUACAAGUAUCUUCUAACCGUCAUAGAUGUAUUUUCCAAUUUUGCUUGGGUCAUGGCAAUGAGGAGUAAAAACGCUAAAGAUGUGACAGCGGCUAUGAACUUGAACCUGCUACAGGGUCGAAUCCCAAAAAUACAAGUUGAUCAAGGUCGCGAAUUCUACAACUCUGAACUUAAAGAUUUGAUGGAGAAGCAUGGUAUCACUCCGUACUCGGCACGUUCACUGAAGCACGCUGCCAAAUGCACCAUGAGUCAGGGCCGCUUGGGCAUCUUUGGGCUGUGGAUUUUGGUCCGUAGAGCUGUAGUGGAAGCAUCAAUUUGUGAACGGUUUAACCGCACUCUAAAAAGUAAAAUGUGACUACAAUUCAGCCUACAAGGAAAUUAUCGGUGGUUGGAUAUAAUAUCGGACGCAAAAUUCAAAGCUGGAGACAAAGUGCGAAUAAGUAAAUUUAAACAUGCGUUUAAGAAAGGCUACACACCGAACUGGACGACCGAAUUGUUCACCGUUAGCUUAGUAAAUAAUACCGACCCAGUGACGUAAAAACUUAAGGAUUGCCCCAUCGAAGACGGAUUCUACGAAGAAUUGAUUCGUGUUAAACACCCCGACGAGAAGGUGCUUAGGAAACGUGGAAAUAAGCUUUUCGUGAAAUAGCUAGGUUUCGAUAAUUUGCAUAAUAGUUGGAUCAACAAAUCGGACUUGUAG